GUUGGAGAGAUAAUUCUAUAAGUCACUGUCAACCCAGUGAUUGAUACAGCUGAUUUUGCCAUUACAACUCGCGCUUUAUUUUUUUUAAAUCUAAAUAUUAUAUCUUGCUUUUAAAAAUGGAAUCAAAAGUUAUUGAGGACGUUGUAGUUCUUUGUGCUACGAUUGUUUUAAACGCGAUUGCUCUACGAAAAAUCACCAAAACAACACCAUCCUGUCGAGUUAACCCCUACUUGAAGGAGAGGCAAAACAAAGGGCGUUUCGCAAAAGAUUUUCAGGAUAUGCUAAAUAAUGUUCCCGUUUUUAAAGAAAAUUUUCAUAUGUCUCCGGAGUCGUUUGCGGAAAUUUUUCAAAUAGUGGAACCAUUUCUACGUGAAAAGAAAAACACAAGACCUUCGGACAAAAUAUCCGCUCUGGAAAAGUUUGCGGUUGUUAUGGAAUAUUUGGCAAGUGGAACCAUCCAACGACAUGUUGCGGCAGUAUAUAGGAUCAGUAAACAGCAUUUUGGGACCAUCCUGGAUGAAGUUUGUUGUGCCAUCUCAAAAGGUUUGGAGAGCGAGAUCCCAGUUUUGGAUGAACCAAAAUUUAUUACCAUUGCCAAUGAAUUCAAUGCUUUUUGGAACUUGCCAAACUGCGUUGGAGCAAUUGAUGGCAAACACAUUGGCAUUAAAUGUCCAUCCAAUGCUGGGAGCAUGUUUUACAAUUACAAAGGGUUUCAUAGCAUCGUGCUGAUGGCUAUUGCCGAUGCUAAUUGUAAAUUCAUCCACAUAGAUGUAGGGGCAUAUGGUAGUGAGGGCGAUGCAAAUGUGUUUGCCUCAACGAAAAUUGGAAGGCAAAUUUUGCAGGACGAGUUGAACCUCCCUCCAGAUAUAUAAGUUGGUUCUAAUAAACUGCCAUAUUUUUUCGUUGCGGAUGAUGCAUUCCCGCUAAACAAACGCAUUAUUAAACCAUAUGCCCCGAGAAAACCAAAAAAGUUGGAAGAUGAGGAAAGGGUUGCCAACUACCGAAUUAGUCGUGC